CCCUCAUCCCCUCCUUUCCUGUCUACUGUUCUUGUUCAACCACAUUCUUCUGAAUAUCCACCUGAGACGGACUCAACUAGCGGUUACAGAUAACGGUAAACUGUUGUGAAAUCAGUGUUUUAAGUUAUCAACUCGUUCACUUAACAACUUCUAUGGGUGUCGGAGAUUACGUUAUUGGAUGAGUUUUAACCAGCACGCUAAGUCUAUCUGGUUACUUUACACUGGCCUUAUCCUUUUUCAUACGGCGAACUACACGUACCAGGUGUCCAGAAUGGUGAAUCCAGGUAUCCAGUUGAUCAUUUUUUUGGCUGUCCCCGGUUUGAAGAUCAGUUCAGCUCAAGUGUGUGGACGGCCACCACUGGGGAAUCGCAUCGUGGGAGGAAGUGAGGCGCUAGAAGGGGCAUGGCCAUGGCAAGUGGACAUCCAGAUGGGGGCCAGUGGGCACAUUUGUGGGGGGUCGCUCAUCACCAAGGAAUGGGUGCUCUCUGCCGCUCACUGCUUCCCUAACCCAUUUGAUGUCUCCUCCUAUACUCUGUAUAUGGGCCGCCACCAGCUUAACGGCUACAACCGCUAUGAGAGUCAGCGGCGUGUGGCCCGAGUUGUGGUGCCAUCAUCUUACCAGGAGCCCCAGGGGGGCAGCGACCUGGCCCUGGUGCAGCUGGCCCACCCUCUGGCCUGGAGCGAGCGGAUCCAACCUGUCUGUCUCCCCAAUGCACCUGUAGUGUUCCCCAGUGGCACCAUGUGUUUUGUGACAGGCUGGGGCCACACACAGGAGGGAGGGUCCCUAUCAGGGAUCGGAGCUCUGAGAGAAGUGGCAGUGCCUGUCGUGGAGCAGACUUCCUGCCAACAAAUGUAUCAGGUCCAGUCUUCUGAAUCCGAGGCUGUGGCCAUCCUGUCUGACAUGAUUUGUGCUGGCUACCAGGAGGGAGGCAAAGACUCCUGCCAGGGGGACUCUGGAGGACCUUUGGUCUGCCCCAUUGGGAAUCGGACAUGGAUCCAGGCCGGCGUGGUGAGUUUUGGACUAGGCUGUGCUCAGCGCAACAGGCCUGGAGUCUACGCCAAGGUGUCUGCCUUCGCUGAUUUCAUCAGAGUCACGGUCCCGGAGGUCCAGCUCAUAGGCAUGUGUUUGACGUACAGAGCCAUGACUAUACACGGACCAGGGAGACUUGGUUUCGACAAAAUAAUCGAUUACCCUCUUGCUGCAGCCCAGGGCUAUGGCACCUAUGGUGGUGGCCAGGCCAGUCAGGGUGGCUACAGUCAAUCAUCCGCCCAGAGUUAUGGCCAGCCGGGCUACGGAAGCAGUGGCGGCUACAACCAGAGCUCUGAGGGCAACUCUGCCUCCUAUGGCCAGGGAGGCUACAGCUCCAGUUACAGCCAGCCGCAGUCAGGAGGAUAUGGUUCUCCGCCUCCAUCCCAGGGUGGCUACAACCAAUCCAGUCAGUCCUAUGGCUCUGGGGGCUUCAGCAGCAGCAGUAGCAGUCAGCCCCCACAGAGCGGCUACAACCAGCAGUCUUCCUACUCUGGUUAUGGACAACAGCAGUCUGCUGCAGCCCCGUCUUCAACCAGUAGCUAUGGCAACAACUCUCAGCCUCCUAGCUACGGGCAGCAGCUGCCGCAGAGCGGGGGUGGGGCCAGCUACGGGAGCCAGAGCGGAGGCGGCUAUGGGGGCAGUGGUGGUGGACAGAGUGGGGCUUAUGGGGGUGGUGGAGGCCAGCAGCAGCCUGGCGGGGCUCCCUAUAGCCAGGCCCCCAGCUACAGCUCUCCCCCGCCCCAAAGCUACGGACAGCAGAGCAAGUACAGCCAAGGGGCCGGAGGAUAUGGCGGGGACUCGCCACCAAUGGGAGUAGGUGGCGGCGGAGGCUAUGGUGGCUCGGACGGAGGCUACGGAGAUCGCGGAGGACGAGGCCGUGGAGAAAGGGGUGGAGGCUUCAGAGGUCGCGGUGACGGCGACCGUGGAUUCGACCGAGGUGGCCGGGGUGGGCCAAGAGGCAGAGGAGGCAUGGGAAUGGGCGAUCGUGGAGGAUUCAAUAAGUUUGGUGGGCCGCGAGACCAGGGACCUGGUGGGCCUAGCUCCAUGGAAGACCAAGAUAACUCCGACAACAACACCAUCUUUGUACAAGGCAUGGGAGAUGGCUACACUGUCGAGUCUGUGGCUGACUUUUUCAAGCAGAUUGGCAUAAUCAAGAUCAAUAAGAAAACAGGUCUGCCCAUGAUCAACCUGUAUACAGACAGAGAGACAGGGAAGCUGAAGGGAGAGGCUACUGUGUCCUUUGACGACCCCCCUUCAGCCAAAGCGGCAAUCGACUGGUUUGAUGGUAAGGACUUUAAAGGGAAUCCCAUCAAGGUGUCCUUUGCCACCCGCAGAGCGGACUUCGGGGUAGGCCGGGGUGGGGGUGGCGGCAUGAGGGGCGGACGAGGACGAGGAGGUGAGGCAGAGUUUGGUGGGCCGAUGGGCCGCGGUGGGUUUGGGGGUGGUAGAGGUGGCGGUGGGUUUGGAGGCGACAAUGGCAGUCGGGGAGGAGGACAGCAGAGAGCCGGGGACUGGAAGUGUUCAAACCCGGAGUGUGGCAACAUGAACUUCUCAUGGAGGAAUGAGUGUAACCAGUGCAAGGGAGCCAAGCCCGAGGGUGCAGGAGGUGGCAUGUCCCCCAUGGGUGGAGGUGCUGGAGGAGGAGGUUUUGGGGGAGACCGUGGAGGCCGCGGUGGUUUUGACCGUGGGGGAUUCAGGGGCCGUGGUGGAGACCGAGGUGGGUUCCGAGGUGGACGUGGAGGCGACAGGGGUGGUUUCGGAUCGGGCAAGAUGGAUGGAAGGGGUGACCACAGACAAGACCGCAGAGACAGGCCCUAUUAGACCAACGCCAUGUCAAGUUGGGACUAUAUUUCCUUUCUCUCUAACCCCCCCCCCCCCCCCUUCAAGCCCUACUUUUAUACAGUGUUACAAGUUGUUCAUUUGACCGUGUGUGUUGACAGACGUGACUGACACACUCCCAGUAUGCCCCGCUCCCAUACGGAUCCAAACAUGGUUUCUUUGUUCUUGAAGAGCUGACAUUUGUCUUUUUGAGUUGUUUUUUGGAAUCAUGUAACGUUUAUGUUUUAAGAUUAAAGUAUUUAUAAAUCCA